AUGGCCUUUCAAGUCUCCAUCCCGCGGCCGAACAUGGCUGCUGUGACAGCUGACCUCUGGCCAUCGAUGUCUAGCGUGCUUACCGCUCCCUGGAAGCAGACUGGUCGACCUCCAACCGUCGCAACCCGUGACAGAAAUCCAGCGCAGGAAAAGGAGAUGACAUUCGCACGUGCUUCUCUGCCAGACUUUCUAGACUCCAUUUCCAUGACCAAGCUGAAGGUAGAUGUUGUGAAUCGGCCUGCGCAACUUGGAUGGUCAUCAUCACUAACUGGUAACAACACCCUGUUAAAAUUGUCAACUUUCGCCCCAAUUCCUCGUUCUUCAUUCUUGACAGGCCGAUCUUUCUCGACCUUGACUCCCUUCCGUCCGAAUUCCCUCCGUGUGGUGUCAAAGAUAAAUGGACUUUCUCGACUCCAGCAGCAAAGAUUCUUGUUCGGCGGGUCCUCGCAGAACAUUCUCGCACAGAAGGAGAAGACCGCAAACAACAACCCAAGCAGCGCAAGCGCCCAGAACGCAUUCUACCAAGCUCUUCUGCAUGCCAACAUGCCCGCGAUCGUCAUCGAGAGAUAUCGAACCGCUCAAUUCGCCAGUAACGCGACGACAGAAAUGAUUUACAGAAAGGCUUUGGAACUUGUAGGCGCAGGCGAAGCAGUUACCGGUCAAAGCCACAAUCUCAACGCGAAUGAACUCCAGGCUAUUGGUCAAGCGGUUGCUGCACGCAGUAGUGGCGGCCAGAUCGGUGUGGCCUCUCGGCAAACAGGCACUGGUGCUAAGGAUUCACCCCUCUACGUGGUUGUCGAUGAGUCCAUGGGCAGUGCUGUUUUCCGCUGGGUCAAGUUCCUCUUUUACUUUGGAUUCUUCACGUACAUAUCCCUGGUCCUGGUUACUAUCUUGGUUGAAACCACUGGUGUUUUGAAAAAUAUCCGCGGCACGCAGAACAACGAGGCGCAGCCCCAGCAGCAGACUGUCCGAUUCAGCGACGUUCAUGGCUGUGAUGAAGCCAAGGAUGAGCUACAGGAGCUGGUGGAAUUCCUUCUCAACCCGGAGCGAUUCAACUCCCUGGGCGGUAAGCUGCCCAAGGGUGUCCUGCUUGUUGGUCCUCCCGGUACUGGUAAAACUCUGCUUGCUCGCGCAGUUGCUGGAGAAGCUGGGGUUCCGUUCUUCUACAUGUCUGGUUCUGAGUUCGAUGAGGUAUACGUGGGUGUUGGUGCCAAGCGUGUUCGUGAGCUCUUCAGCCAAGCCCGUGGCAAGGCCCCGGCCAUCAUCUUCAUCGAUGAGCUGGAUGCCAUAGGUGCGAAGAGAAACGAGCGCGAUGCUGCCUACGUGAAGCAAACGCUGAACCAGUUGCUUACCGAGCUUGACGGUUUCUCUCAGACUAGCGGCGUGAUCAUUAUUGGUGCUACUAACUACCCACAGCUCCUGGAUAAGGCCCUGACCCGCCCUGGCCGUUUCGACCGCAAGGUGACUGUUGGUCUACCCGACGUUCGUGGCCGUAUGGACAUCCUGAGACAUCACACGAAAAACGUACAGAUUAGCACUGACGUUGACGUCGCCGUGAUUGCCCGUGGUACUCCUGGCUUCUCCGGUGCUGACUUGGAGAACCUGGUUAACCAGGCUGCCAUUCAUGCCAGCCGUGAUCGCAAACUCAAGGUUGGUCCUCUGGACUUUGAUUGGGCCAAGGACAAGAUUAUGAUGGGUGCCGAGGCUCGAAGCCGCAUCAUCCAGGACAAGGACAAGCUUCUGACUGCUUACCACGAGGCGGGCCACGCCCUGGUUUCUUACUUCUCACGAGCCUCCACUCCCCUGUACAAGAUCACCAUUGUUCCCCGUGGCGUUGCCUUGGGUGUCACCCACUUCCUGCCGGAGAUGGACAUGGUCUCGAAGAACUACACACAGUAUCUGUCUGAUAUUGACGUCGCUAUGGGUGGAAAGGCUGCCGAGGAGCUGAUCUACGGCUCGGACAAUGUCACCAGCGGUAUUUCCUCCGACAUUCAACAAGCCACCCAGACGGCUUUUACCCUGAUCACUCGAUUCGGAUACUCGAAGAAGCUCGGAAACGUUGAUCUAGCUACAAACUACGACAGCCUUUCAUCGGAGACAAAGCAAGAGAUCGAAGGCGAAGUGCGCAGACUCGUUGACGAAGGUCGUCUCCGCGCAACUAAGAUUCUGACCGAGCGCCGAAGUGAACUGGAGCUUCUGAGCAAGGCCCUAAUCGAAUAUGAAACGCUGACAAAGGAUGAAAUGGAGAAAGUGCUCCGGGGAGAGAAACUCGACAAGAUGAUAUCGUCACCCAGUGCACCGCUCAAGCUCCCAGAAGCCCUGCAGACGGCCCAGAUACCGCCACCCGUCGAACAAACACGGACUGCGACGGAAUAA